AUGGCAAGUACAUCAUUAUGUGCUUCUGAUACAGCAGUGUCUCAAAAUCUUCAGAAAGUAUCCAGUUUUGUGGAAACUAAAACCACACAUUGCUCAUUUUCCAUUGAAAGCAUUUUGGGAUUAGAACAGAAAAAAGAUGGCAUUCCAGCUGCGAUACCUCACAGACCGUGGAUGGAUACAUGCAACAAUUUAGGAGAAGACACUAGUCAGUGUCUGCAGACCCCUGUCAUUUCCUGUGAAGGGCCAUUAUUUCAUGUUAACAGUUACCCGAUGCUGGAGGAAAGAGUUUUGAAAUGUGAAAAAUAUUUUUCAGCCACUGAAAGGCUAUCUUACAAAAGGGAACUGAGCUGGUACAGGGGUAGGAGACCAAGAACUGCUUUCACUAGAAACCAGAUUGAAAUGCUGGAAAAUGUUUUUAGAGUGAACUCCUAUCCUGGCAUUGACGUUAGAGAAGAACUAGCUCACAAACUAGAUUUAGAUGAAGACAGGAUCCAGAUCUGGUUCCAGAAUCGCCGUGCAAAGCUGAAAAGAUCCCACAGAGAAUCUCAGUUUAUAAUGGUGAAAAACACUUUAACCUCCAACCUGCUGGAAUAGGAAGAAGCCAGCUAGUUCACCAUUCUUCUACCACAAUAGAACAUGAAGAAUU